UUCAGUUUAUGGUACAAACAGGGUGUCCCCGGUAUACACCAAUUGGAACCAUUGAUGUUCAAASCGGGUUAUCUUCACGAAACAUGGCUCAGYCGACGCCAGAAAUUUGGUCCCAUCUAUGGCUAUCACGAACUGUUCCGAUCGGUUCUGGUUGUCAACGAACCCGACGUAAUUCGUGAAGUUUUUGUCAAACAUUUUGACAACUUUUCCAGUCAUAAGCGCCGUGUGUUCGGCGACGAUGUCUUUGACCACAAUCUGUUCAAUUUGAUUGGUGACGACAGUUGGAAACGGAUCCGUGAUCUUUGUUCGCCAGCUUUUACUUCAUCUAAACUCAAAGCUAUGACGGCAUCAAUACAAGAGAUCAGUAAYAGUUGUAUCGAUAAUAUUAACAAACARUUUGCUAAACAAAAUAAAGAUUGUAAGUCCAUUGAAUUGGAUAUGCGAUUACCGAUAUCGGCCUACAUUAUGGAUGUUAUUAAUAGUGUAGCCUUCGGUAUUAAAACCGAUGCACUGGACAAUCCGGAUCACCCGAUGGUCAAGUAUGGCCGUAAGGUGUUUGACAUAAAGUUCAGUUUCACAAAUAUUAUGUCAGUGUUUUUCCCGAGACUGGCCAAACUUAUGGGCUUACAGUUGUUUGAUGCCGAAGCCAUAGGCUUUUUCAAAAAUCURACCAAUCGAUUGGUCAAAGAGAGACGUAAUGAUAGCUCAGGUGUUAAGCGCACUGAUUUUCUGCAAAUGAUGAUAGACGCUAAUAACAGAGAUAGUAAUGAUUUAGCUAACGGUGCGACUAAUGAUAAAUAUAAUAAACAGGAUGUCUAUGAAUAUGACGAUAAGGACAAUGCAUUGGCACUAAAAUCAUUGAAAAAUAAUCACAAGUYGUUGUCAACUAUUGAGAUGACGGCCCAGUGUUUACUAUUUUUCACAGCAGGUAUGGACAGUACUGGUGGAGCACUGUCGCAUAUAYUCUACUAUUUGGCCAAACAUCAGGACGUUCAACAAAAACUGUUAGACGAGCUCAGGGAUGUCCGUGACUACAGUAUCGAGUCGUUGCAAGCGCUCGAGUAUUUGAAUGCCGUAAUCAAUGAAACAUUAAGACUGGCACCACCUAUAUUGGGCACUGAACGGGUGGCCAUAAAAGAUAUUACUAUUAACGACAUUUAUAUACCUGCUGGAACUGUAGUCUGGGUGACAUCCUAUGCCCUGCAUCGCGACAGUCGUUUUUGGUCAGAGCCUGAUCUGUUCAAACCUGAAAGAUUUUUGGGAAACRUUAAACCCUAUCCAUACAGUUUGAUGCCAUUUGGUGCCGGACCACGACUUUGCUUAGGCAUGAGAUUUGCAUUAAUUGAAAUUCGCAUAAUUGUUGCGAAAUUAGUGCAAAAUUUUCAACUAAAACUCAAUUCACAAACACAGCUUGAAUAUCGCACUCAUAACGCAUUUUUCUCGCCAAAACAAUUAGUGCUAACUAUUGAAAAGCGUUAAAAACUUUUUUUUAAUCAUAAUU